GUGACAUUGUUUACUCGCAAACAUGACUACAAAUGGUAAAGUAGCUUUUUAGGAUCGUACAGUAAACGUUUUCGGUGGUAUAGAAACAAACUUGAAGAACUCUUCAGCGCAGACAAAUAAACACACAAUGUGAUGAUAUACAAGGAAACUUAUAGGGUGUGCGUUUAGCCCGAAACUGUAUGGAUCUGUCCAGCUUACCACCUUUACAUGGGCAAAUCGCCAAUGCAAGAAGUUCGGUAGAGUUUAGAAACGAUGGUUUAGGAAUUCCUGGGUACCUCUAUGACAGGGAUCUCUUGCAGGAUGAAGAUCCGAGUCAAGUUAAAACGUUCGGUGAAAACGAUGGAGAAGAGGCAGUUAAAUGUCUACGUAGAUGCUUUCAGGUAUUGGAACCAGGGUAUCACAUAGCAAGACGUGCACCAGAUCAUGGUGGUUCAAGCUUCAUUCAUUGUCGGCACUCCACCCAGGUCGGUCGGCGGUAUUUAAAUCUUCGACAAAACCUUGAAGAACGAGCACGAGUUGAGCUUAUGAGAGACUGCUUUUACAGAUUAAAACUAUCGAUCACCUUUGUGCGUGAUUUACAACAACUUGUCAUGGAUGAGUACAAGGUUUUAUAUACAAUUACGCAUGAUUGUGUCGACGAGCUUCCUGUCAGUAAAAUAUUCUGUCUCAAUGCUCUCUGUGAAGAUUUACGGACACUAAUUGGUCACUGGAAAUGUAUAAAACAAAAACUUCACACAAAUCGGUGGUUACAGCCAGUUCUCGGUUCGCUACAUUUUCAGUUGGAUAAGAUCAGGUUGUCGCUGAUCCAUUUACAAAGUAAAGCGAUAUGGUGGCUUGAGAAGUUUGUUCUGAUUGGAUUACAAGUGUUUGCUCACGGAAAUGUGGAUGCACUAACCCAUGAAAUGAUAUGGAAUAUAACGAGAGGUCUUGAAGAUCUUAAUAGAAUUAUAAAUGGCUUGCAACAGGAUAAUCAUUCAUCUACCUCAAAAUUAGGCCUACAAUCAUUUUACAAUCAUCCUGUAAGUGGUUUAAGUGCAGAAAACACAAACUCCUUAGCGAAUAUUGGAGAGCAUGUAAGAGCCAUUCCAUUUUCUCGGGUGCUAAGUGUACUUGCAAAUGAGAGAUCAAAAUACGCAGCACUUGAAACCCACAGAUUUUUUACAACAAAUCAUGAAUUUGUGAAACUCCUAUAUUCGGGAAAAUUACCUGAUUUUGUAUGGACUGAGGAUUCUAGUCAUGCGAAUGAGCGCCCAGACAAAGACACGUCUGAUUACCACACGGCUACUGGGAGCAUGACAUCUCUCAGUGCAGCUAUACUUAAAGUUGGAAGUAUACGCGCACCAGACUUGUCAGACUCUGAUUCACCUUUAGUUGAACUAGCUAGACGAGAACACUCAUUUGCUGAGAACUUUCUGCUAAUUGUGUGCAAUUCUACGAACCUGUUACGAAGAAAUGAUAAUCAGAAAUCUAAACGUGUUGUCAAAUACAGUCAGAGUAUGGCAAGUUCAAGUAAACCUCCACGAGGGGAUACCCCAGUGCUUUCCCGAAGUGAUUCAUUGAGAAAGUCGGUCUCAUGGGGAGAUUCAGCCGAUAGCUCAAUCAAGACACAACUUACCUCAAGGUACAUGGAUUUAUACUGGAACCAUUUUGGCACCAGCCUGUAUAUGAUGUUUUACGAACCAUGCUGGGUUCGGCAAAAAUCUUUGUAUUUCUCCGAGAUCGGCAGUGUGCUAAUGCUCAAUACAACUGUGAUAGCCCUUGUCAAACAUAUGAUACAACAUGUCUGUCUUAAAGUAUCACCGCCUUUAGACAAGGAAUCAACUAGCCAAUCAGGUCCCGCAAAUAUGUUGCGACACCCUAUUGACCCCAUGUAUCCUGAUAUAGGGGUACCAAUUGUCUUACCCGAACCCACUCCAGAUUUGUUCCCUCCAGGCAGUGUAAAACCCCUGUUGAAAAAGAGCAGAAAAGUCUUUAUACAGCGCUUUUGGGUGAUGUGUGAAGCCCUAGCAUCAAAUCGGAGAGACAAAUGUUACCCCUGCCCUCUCGUGAAUGGAGACUACAGCACGAGAACUGGGAUGUUGCUUAGAGAUACGUACCAGCCCGUGCUCAAUCUGCUCAGAGAAAACAUGGCUGAAAGCGUUGAACCUACUCCUGGGGGUUUACCAGCAUCAGUGAAUGAGAUGGUUGCUGUGGCGGUGAGACUAGUAUCAACAUCUGGUGUGUCCUUAAGUUGGUGUCGUACGAAAACCCACCAGUAUCUGGCAUCUAUGGCUGUUGGAAACUUCUUGCUUAUUUCACAGACUGAUUUGAAGAUUUUGAUAGAUGAAUCACGUUCUGCCCUGUACCAGACACAGAUGGUAUCUAAGUCACUGUCUUCAAAAGUAGGUCAGGAGUCAGUGGUUGGGUUGAGUCAGAUAGCUGAUCAGCUCAGCACAAUCAUGGAUAGUCUACAGGUAUCUGUUUCAUGCAGUUUUCCACAAACUUUUUUAAGACCUUUUCAUCCCAAACCAGAGGGUAAGAUUUUUAUGAAGCUGAAACUGUAAAAAUAAGGUUGUAAUAUUUUUGUCAAUAUCUAAAUUUAAGUAAUGUGCCAAGCAGAGAGAUAUAUUUUACGUAAUUUGUAUGUGCAAAUUUAUAUAUUCGUAUGUAUGUUGCACACUGAAUAUGCAUAUGUAUAUUAAUAUGC